AUGCAUUUGCGCCCUUCACCACAAUCUCCACAAAGCGCCUGCUGCAAUCCAGAGCUUCCAGCAACAGAGCCGCCGACCCCUGCCGAACAUCCGACAGCCUUCCGCAGAUCCCAAGCGCCUUCCCGCACACCUCGCACCUUCUCCCGAGAAACCCUGCACAUCCUCCGCGAGAACCGUUGUCUUGCAGUUUCCAAAGUCGUCCACACACCAGACAUACCGCCCAAGACCCCCGCCUCCCAGGCAGCGAGUAACCGGGCACAUCGCACCGCAAAGCACCCAGCACGCCGCCAGAGCUGCAAACUCAAAGCUCCUAACCCGUGUGUUGGCCAUCCGCUCCGCAUCCCCUCUCCGAAGCACUCCCCACGGCACUGCACUCUCCACGACAUCCGCCACCGAAAGAAGCUCCACCCUCUCAACAAUCCCAAGGGAGCGAACAAGAGAAAGACACCGCCCCUCAUACAACCCACAGUCCUAGAGCCUCUGCCUCAUCCAGUCCUCUCUCCCCAUAACAUUUCCAGCUCUACAGACCACCCAGACCCUAGCCCCGCCAUCAAACCCAGUCCCCCCAACAAUACACGCCAUAUCCUACUCACAACGAAGUCCCUACUACUAAUUCUCACACACCCAAUCAUAUCAGCAUAUCCAUUUCAUCCAUACUUUUCUUUUACCCCACAUGAACAUCACAUACGUUCCAGAGAUACACAGAACUGA